UCGUCGACGUGGAUUGGUUUUCUUUCAUUCGUCCAAAAACCUGAUUGCCCAACACCACUGUCAAUGACGUAACCACAAGGACGGCGUUUCAGUAGCGCUCUCUUCCAAAACAAGCAGGGUCAAGUAGGUGCUAUACAAAAUUGAAGACAGGAAAACCUGACGAGGGACGGCUGUAAGAGGAAGUUUUGUUGGACAAGAGAACGGAGAAGCGUACAUUUUGUACGAAGGCAAAUGCUCCGUGGCAGUGGCCCUCACUGGAACACAGAUUGAGGCGGGAGAUGGACGUCGGUCAGACAUCUUGCGUAAAAGUCAGCGAGGAACGGGUCAUAACCAGAACGGAUCUCUUGUCCCUGCUGAGAACGUAUAACUGCUACCACGAAGGCAGGAGCUUUCAGCUGCACAGUCGAGAGGAGGAGGGGGAGCUGAUCGUGGACGGCCUGCUCAACAUCUCCUGGGGCCUGAAGCGGCCAAUCAGGCUGCAGAUGCAGGACGACUACGAGCGAAUCCGCUUCUCCGUUCUCGGACCGUGGAGAACUGAAAACACUCAGAAUGUUCUCCAAAAGCAGGCGUCUGUGGAAUCCAACAACAAUUUCUAUGAGCAAACCUCUCCACCAACUCAGGCAUACUCUGACAUCAGCAGCUCGGAGGAGGAAAUGCCGCAGCUGAUGAGAACGCAGAGCGACGCCAGCGUCAUCAGCGUCCCGAGGAGGUCCAAACUGCGCGGCUCCAUCGACCUGCAACGACUCAGACGCCAUCGCUUCUCCAUCAACGGCCACUUCUACAACCACAAGACAUCAGUGUUCACUCCGGCGUAUGGAUCUGUCACAAACGUGCGCGUGAACAGCACCAUGACCACUCUCCAAGUCCUCAACCUGCUGCUCAACAAAUUCCGCGUUGAGAAUGAGUCAGAUGAGUUUGCUCUUUACGUGGUCCACGAGUCUGGCGAGAGGACCAGGCUGAAGGACUCUGAAUAUCCCCUGAUAACUCGUCUCCUGCAUGGCCCGUGUGAAAAAAUAGCGAAGAUUUUCUUAAUGGAGACGGACUUGGGCGAGGAAGUGACCUACGACGUGGCUCAGUAUAUCAAGUUUGAGAUGCCGGUGUUGGACAGCUUCGUACAGAAGUUACAGGAGGAAGAAGAGAGGGAAGUCUCAAAGCUGACCAGGAAGUACAUCACACUGAAACUGAGGAUCCUGCAGCAGCUGGACGUCUCUGAGAGUCCCGACACCGUGUGAGGAGAUGACCGCACGCGGUAAACUCACAGUCCCCGCUGGAAACCACACAGCUGUGAAUACGAUCUGCACUAGCUCAGUAAAUUCAGCGCUAUUCAAUCUCUCCUCUUUAGCGCUUUGUCCAUGACUUUGACAAACUAGAAUCUAGAAAGUGGCUAUAUAUGUUUUUUUAUGUAUUGGUUUAUGAGCUUUGUUGUUUAUGUGGCAAAAAAUGAAGCCCACUGAUUUCUGCUGGUUAAUGUUUCAUAAAAAUGAAAAAACCCUGAAAUCUUAGGGAUUGAAUAGCACUGGAAGUGGAAAUGUUUACAAGAGCACUAUAAUUAUUAUACAAUCAGGACCGUUUCUCCUCCAAGGCUUGCACAGAUGCUAUUUCACCAUGGUGUCGUUAGCAUUGUGCUCUGAAUACAAAGGCCAUUCCUGCCAAUCUAUUGCAUUUUGGAAAUAAAAACAGCAGUUUUGCUGUUAAAAUGUAAAGAUAAGGUGAAAUUGUAACAUUGGGGAUCUAUAGAAUGGGGGGUUAUUUGUGUUGCCUCUAGUGUGAACCUUGAUGCUCAACAUCCCUGAAGAUCUGCUAAUUUUAUAUGAAUAUAACGAUGCCUUUAAGUACAGAAAAUAAAAACUACUGUAUCUGAUAGUUACUGCUUUUUCUUAAUAAUCUAAAGUAGCAUAUAUUUCAUUUAAUAAAAAUGUGAGCAAAUGUUUUUUGCAGCUCAGAACACUGCUUUUAAAGUUAUCAUUGCUCUGCUUUUGAUAUUGUAUUUUCUCAUAUCUGGAAGAGAAAAGUCCCAUUUUGUACAAUAAGCCUUUAUAUUGGAUUAAGUAUCAUGUACAAUGUGUAAAAUAUGCAGAUGAACAUACAUUGGUUUUUCUUUUUUUAUGAAAAAUGUUUAAUAAAGAUUUAUUCUUGUGUAUUUACCAUAA